UGUUGGAGAAUGGCAAUGGCAUCUUUGAAGCUUUGUUUCUUGCUGCUGCUUCCGGUGGCUGCUCGCUUGCCCCACAUCCUGCACAUCCUCGCUGAUGAUCUGGGCUGGGCUGAAGUAGGAUUUCAUCGCGCGGAGGGUGACAGGGAAGUGCAGACGCCGAACAUUGACGCCUUGGCAAGGUCCGGUAUUGAGCUUGACCGCUUCUACACCUUCCAGUUUUGCUCUCCGGCAAGGAGCGCUAUUCAGACUGGGCGAAAUCCUAUCCACGUCAAUGUCCAGAACGUGAACCCGGAAUGUGUCAACGGCAAUGACGUGGAAGGUGGCUUCCAAGGGAUUCCGGUGAACAUGUCUGGGAUGGCGUCUUUGUUACGUCGUGCGGGCUAUCGAACGCACAUUGUUGGCAAGUGGGAUGUGGGGAUGGCCACGUUGGAGCACCAUCCCCGCGCCCGGGGCUACGAGACUUGGCUGGGGUACUGGCAUCAUUCCAACGACUACUGGCAGCACACGGCCGGGAAGUGUGGCCUGAAAUCCAUGCGCGACCUUUGGCGCUUCAAUGCCACCUUCGACGGCCCGGCUUUGGACCUGCAGAACGGACCUGCCUGCUCCCAAAAGAACCAGGCGCCAAAUGGCCAGCGCUGCGUCUUCGAGGAGUCGGAGCUCUUGGCGGCGGCCAAGGCGGUGGUCCGAGCCCACGACGUCGCGGAGCCGCUGUUCCUCUUCUGGUCCAUGCACUUGGUGCACAUGCCCUUGCAGGUGCCCAAGGCCUACGAAGACAGGUUCGCUUUCAUCAAAGACCGACACCGUCGAAUGAUGCGUGCCAUGGUCAGCUUCAUGGAUGAGGAGAUCGGGGAGAUGGUGAAGUUGCUCAAGGAGCGGGGCAUGUGGGAGGACACGUUGGUGGUCUUCCACAGCGACAAUGGCGGGGAGAUCAUGGGUGCUGGGAUGUGCGGCGGUAACAAUUGGCCUUUGCGAGGAGGAAAGUUCUCCAAUUUCGAGGGCGGCAUCAGAGUCAAUGCUCUGGUGAGCGGCGGCCGAGUGCCGCCAGCCCGCCGGGGCAGCAAGCUGGAGGGCUUCGUGACCGCGUGGGACUGGUACGCCAGCUUCGCGGGCCUGGCGGGCGUGGACCCCACGGACCACCGGGCGCAGGCGGCAGGCCUCCCGCCGCAUGACUCGAAGGAUGUGAUGCCAUGGCUCUUUGGAGCUGUCUCAUCCUCCCCAAGGGAGGAAGUGAUCAUUGGCGAGACAUCCUCCAUGACGCCCAACUCCGAUGGUGGGACCUUUAUUGGCGGACUCAUCAAGGGCAGAUACAAGCUCCUGGUGGGCAUUGACGCGAGAAAGUGGAACUCCUUGGGCCUUCGAGAGCAGGUCAGCCAGAAUGUGCUCACAGGUCCCAAUUGGCCCAACUCCUCCAGCAGCUUGGUACCGCUGCUGCACCCGCGCCACUGCGGACGCCGAGCGGAGAAUGGCUGCCUCUUUGACAUCUUCGCAGAUCCUGCUGAAACUACUUCGCUGUCCAUGCAGCAGAGCUCCAUCUUCCGGAGCAUGCUGGCACGGGUGGAGGAGCUGCAAGCCACGGUGUACUCCCCGGCCAGGGGCUCCAAAGAUCCGGGUGCUUGCCGGAAAGCUCGUGAUGCCUAUCACGGUUACUGGGGGCCCUGGAUUGGCCUCGGAAAGCCCGAAGUUCUCCAGGUUUGAAGCGACAGAACUGCCCCGAAUUGUGGAUGGAC